GCGCCGCCGUUUUUUUUUUUCUCUCGCCCCAUUCGCCAGCGCAGCUGAGUGGAGUAUAUCCCGUCUUUCGUCCACAGCUCCGCGCUGGAUGCACAAUUUGUGUGCUCCUUUUGGUGCGGUGCCGUUCGACGCACGAAGAAGAGGAAUGAACGGGGUGAGACGCAGGCGAGAGAUGUGAGGGGGGAAUGCGGGUGCUUUCCAGUCAAGCCUCGGCACCAGGGGAGAGGGGACAGCUCCCCGCGCCGCAGCGCGCCAGCGAGAGAAGAAGGCGACCAUUUGUUCCGAAUUUUUCCGCCAAGGUCAGUCGUUUCAGCUGUAAAAAGGAUGCGCUGGACAUUAGUUCCUCUUGUUUUUCGCCCAAUUGACCCGCUGAGACUGUGAGGAGGUUUCUGUUCCAAAGUGUGAGCUGACGAGCAGGUCAGAUGUUUUUUACCGAGACUGCCGUACCCACCCGCGUCUCCCCUCUGCUUUCCUUUGGAUUGUUUUUGACCCGAUCAACAGCUCCUAUGUCUUGAGACGGGGGAUGUCUUGUCCGCAUUGAAAAAUGCUGCUUUGGGUUGUCCUGCUGAACGCGGCUCUUUGUGUUGCCAGUGGGAACGUGACAAGGGACGUGUGUCAGGAGCAGAUAUGCUCGUGCACAGAGGUCGAGGGAGACGUGCAUAUCGGCUGCGAAAAAAGGAGCUUCACCACGCUGCAGCACCUCACCGGGCCCAGCUCGCAUUUUUACCACUUGCUGCUGCACGGCAACUCGCUGUCCAGGCUCUUCCCCAACGAGUUCGCCAACUUUUACAAUGCAGUCAGCUUGCAUUUGGAGAACAACGGGCUGCACGACAUAGUCCCGGGCGCCUUUUUGGGGCUGCAGCUGGUCAAAAGACUGCACAUUAACAACAACAAGAUCCGCUCCUUCAGGAAGAGUACCUUUUUGGGCCUGGAUGACUUGGAAUACCUGCAAGCUGAUUUUAAUCUCUUAAGGGACAUUGACCCAGCCGUGUUCAGGGACCUGAACAAACUUGAAGUGUUAAUACUUAAUGACAACCUCAUCAGCGCGCUACCCAUAAACGUGUUUCAACACGUGCCCAUUACGCAUCUUGACCUACGGGGGAACAGAAUCAAAACGUUGCCUUACGAAGGGAUCCUUGAGCAGAUUCCGGGCAUUGUGGAGGUUCUGCUCGAAGACAACCCCUGGGACUGUAACUGUGACCUGGUUUCCCUCAAAGAAUGGCUGGAGAACAUCCCGCCCAACGCGCUCAUCGGGAGAGUGAUCUGCGAGGCUCCCACCAGGCUGCAAGGGAGCGACCUGAACGAGACGUCUGAAGAGGAACUGUGCCCUUCACAGAGAGGCGGAGCAGACACCAGCCUGGUGGCCCCUCCCACGCAGGAUGAGACCUCAGGCCCUGUGGCACACGGCGGCGGCCCACGUCCGACGCCUUACAAGCCCAGCGCGGAUGCCAGCGGGCCGCCGACGCCUGGCGGUCACGGAGCCAAGAGCCGUUCCAAGUCUCGUGAGAACUGGCAGCUUAAGACCAAACCCACACCGGGGCCGACAGGUGCGAGCGAGGCCAAAGAGCAGCUUCGCAACGCCACCUGCCCGCAGCCGUGCAACUGCAAGCUGGUGGGCUCGAGACAGGGGCUGGGGGUCAACUGCGAGGGAAAAAAGAUCGAGAGCUUGUCCAACCUGAAGCCGAGGCCGCUGGCCGCCCACGAGCUGAACAUGCGAGACAACAACAUCCACGCGGUGAAAAAGACUCAGCUGCUGGGCUACGCCAGCCUCAACCUGCUCGAUCUCGGCGGGAACAACAUCAAAGCGAUCGACAACGGCACUUUCCAGAACCAGACUGAGCUGAGGUGGCUGUACAUGGAUAAGAAUUAUCUGGAUACGCUCAUGGCGGAAAUGUUUGCCGGCCUCGUCAACCUGGAAUACCUCAGUUUGGAAUACAACGACAUCCAGCUGAUAGCGGCGGGCGCGUUCAGCCCCAUGCCGAACCUGCGGGUUCUCUUUCUCAACAACAACUUGCUCAAGUCGUUACCCCUGGAUGCGUUCCUUGGGAUUUCGUUGUCCAAAAUAAGCCUGCACAACAAUUACUUCUCCUAUCUGCCUGUAGCGGGCGUGUUGGACCAGCUCAACUCCAUCAUUCAGAUUGAUUUGCACGGGAAUCCGUGGGAUUGCUCCUGCAACAUCGUGCCCUUCAAGCAGUGGACCGAGAAACUUGGAGCUGACGUCAUCGUGAGCGAUCUCAAGUGCGAGUCGCCGGAAGAGUUCUGGAAACGCGACUUCCGCUACGUGCGGAAUGACCUCAUGUGUCCCAGACUCUAUGAGCGGAUCCCCCCUCCCACCUCCCUGUCCAAAAACAGCACCUUCACGCUCGACUCGGGCACGCGCUCAAACUCUUAUAUUGAGCCCAACCGGGUCUCCAUUUCCGUGCUCGUCCCCGGCUUGCUGCUGGUGUUUGUCACGUCCGCGUUCACUGUUGUUGGCAUGCUCGUCUUCAUCCUGCGGAACCGCAAGCGGUCCAAGCGGCGGGACGGCAACUCGUCUGCCUCCGAGAUCAACUCCCUGCAGACAGUGUGCGACUCAUCGUAUUGGCACAGUGGUCCCUACCACGCAGACGCGGGGGCUCAGCGGGGCUUUGACUGCACCACGCAUCUCUCCACGACAAACGAUGCGUAAAAAGAAGGCAGGCCAGAUUGGAUUGACAAAGGACGCGCAGACUGGCGUGCAUACACAACCCAAACAACACAUUUGUCCCCGUGUAAGAGGCGGACGGCCUCGGUCGGCUGUGUCUCGUUUUAGUCAACGUCAACCAGUUAGUCUGCUGCACAGGGCCCCGGCAGUGUAUAUUCUGUACAUGACAAUCCCUCAGUCCUACCCCGCCCCCCGAAACACUACUCCCUCCACCUGUGCUAUUAGCCGCAAUCGGACGACAUAUGUUGUUUUUUUUUUGUUUUUUUUUUUUUUUUUUCCGGCAGAGAGGGGUCAUGCGAUAAAAUCGGGAUGUGUGUGCGCGAGGGAACGGUGCACGAGCGCAUGAAUGUAAAUGUAAAUAGUCGGGCCGAUGUAUCAUAUGCAUGAGAUUUCUGCAUGGUUUCAACACACGCACACAUGGCGCGCGACCGAGGAACCAUGACCACUGGAGAGGAGGCGACCCCCCCUCCCACCCGUUCAUUCUCCAUCAAUAUGACGACUAUAUAUAGAGAUAUUAUGAGAGUUACAUAUAUAUGACUAUAACAAAGUGCCAUUUCUCUAUUUUUGUGAAACUGCAGUUAGGAUUUGAUUUGUUGUUUUAAACCUGUUUGGAGAGGCAAGAGGGUAAACAAGAUUAGUAUCAGAAAGGACAUAAUGCUGUCAGUGCAUGUUCCUUUAUUCUGUUCCUUAUGAUUUGAUUGUCGAUGAAUAUUGAGGUUAUUUAUACCAUUGCAGAUGGUGCGGGUGCAGGCCCCCAGCCCCGACCCAACCACACGCACGUCUGCGAGGUCAUCCUAUUUUCUGAAUGUAUACUGUGUUAUUUUUAAUGCCGUGCCAAUUGUUGACUCCGUGGCGACAUGCGGACGAGCAUGACGUCACAAGGAUGCUUCUGCCGCAAAGAUGAUGUAGCUCAAAUAACAGUUCUGUGGUUUUGUGUGUGUCUAUGAACAUAGCCUGCUUUGGGUGAGAGGAAAUUAAAAACAAAAAAAAAAAAAUCAAGUCAUUUAAAUGGGGGGUUUGUACCAUCAUAUUUUUUCAUAAAAAUUAGCCAAGUUUUCAAAUGAGCUAGAAUGAUUCGGUCUAUUUGAGAAUUGCAGGUGAAUAUAGCAUAGAUUGCUUUGUCUUGUGAAAAAAAAUGCAUAUUCCUCCACACACAUUUAAAAAAAAAAAAAGUAUGAUUAUGAUUCGCCUUUACUGUGGACUUUUUUGUUUAUAGCUAUAUAACCUUGUACAAAAUAAUUGUGCUUGAAGUAUUCUAUACUGGGGGAGGAUUCUUGCUUUUGUGGAAUGUGUCCUGUCAUCAUAUAGAGGUGGUGCUUUUAGGCCUGCACAAACAUGGCAACGACUGAUGCAGGUUGCCUUUUACACCAUGCAGGUCUGCUUUAACGGAGGGUGUGAACAUUAAAUGCCGCUUUCAAAAAAAAAACAAAAAAAGAAAUGAAGACAGCCACACAUUAUGAUGUGCCGUCCGUCACAAAUGCGCAGGUGCCCUUUUCUGUGUUUUAGCGCAAUGUAAACGCCUUGUAACUCGUGUUGACACCACCAAUUCAUUUUCUCUGAAGGGUCCCAAAUAGUGACACCUCGCAAUUAAAUUAAGCUUGGAUGAGAUUGUCAAGGUAUUCACGUUUAGGAUAAAGAGCUGCAGUGAGAUGGCACGUCAGCCCAAGCCAGAAGGCCAACGUGUCUCCCCCGGGAAACAGUUGAGCGCUGUCCACGGUGCUGAAUCACUUCUUUUGUUUGUUCCCUCGGCAGAAGAGACGUGUGAACAUUUGCAUUCAUGCACCCAUAACUAUUAUCUUUCACACGU